GCCCAGCCGGAGGCAGGUCCUCUCUUCUUUCGCACUUCGUUGAAUGUACAUUCUCUUGCGACUGUUGCAAGUCUUGCACGGAUUUCCCAUAUUACAUCGAACCUUCCUCUGUUUGCAUAAGUCACAGGCCUAUCAGGGUCACCACAGGCUUUUGCGCUUCAAACCUCAAGUGACCUGCCCUGUCUGCGAUGGUCUUUGUCCGGUUUUGCGGUACUCCCGCGGCUGCAUCUAUCGUCGUGAACAUGUCGCGAGUAUCUGCGAAGCAAGGUGCGAGCCUAAUCUAGCGGCGAGUUUGAUCUGACGACCGUCGCGAAGAUGAGAAGAUGAAAACACUUGCAGCAUUAGCAAAGACGGAAUCAUAGAAAUGUGUGGGUCGCCCCGCGUUGUCGCCCCGCGCUGUCGCCCGAGAUCAUCAUCUCGACCAGGUGGGGAAAUCUGCCGCGUCGAUGUCC